CCAUAUUCGACCUGCCUCUGCAUCUGCAUUUCCGACUCUACCCUGUCACUUUCUUUCUCGACAAAAGUGUCCACAUCCCAAUCAAAAUGCUCAGCUUAUUCGGCUUCGGCCCCUUCAUCUAUGCCAGCUGCCUCCUCCUCAACGCUGUCGCAAUCCUCUCCGAAGACCGCUUUCUCGCUCGAAUCGGCUGGGGGAAAUCACAACUCAACGACCCAACAGUGGGGGGCGCUGCGUUUGGUGCUCCCGCUCAAGAUCCCGAGAGCUUUCGCAGCAAAGGCAUCAAUCUGAUAUCGAGUAUAAGGACACUAUGUCGAGUGCCGUUAAUAUUCGUGAAUACGGCCAUAAUCAUCUAUGAGCUGGUAUUGGGAUAGAUCUGCUCACGUCACACGCUACACGAAGGACUGUACCACAAUACUAUCACCUUGCAAGGCCCCUGGGCCGAAGCGCAAAGACGCCAAAAAGACUCCAACAGCACCACCAUCAAUAUGAACAGACAUUCUGCAUUGAUCUUGAACUGGACUUGAUAGGGGCGAAAGUUAUCAGCCUCAUUCGACCAUGCUAUCAGAUAUCGCGGUACCUCCGUAUAUAGGCUUGCGACGGCCACCUGCGCCCGGGGCCCAGUAUGGGAUGCGAAAUAUCGAGCUCUGCGAAGUCUACCGCACAUCUCGUCUUCGAAGCUCCACCAGAUUGGAAGGAAAAAGGUACCUAAGCAGCAACGCUACGAGCCCAAGAUACUUCUGGCGCUUGCGGACCUGCUCUCAGCUCACCCCCUUGUCCCCCGUCAAGAACGAGUAUGGACUAGGCACUUGAGCCGUCGGAUGACACGUAUCGACUAUAGUGCAUUGAAGCUGCACUACUAGUCAAGUGCCUGGAGGAUUGACUUGAGCGCUUGCUACUACGCCGCCCGGUGCACUGUCUCCUGGGGUGAAUGCGGACAGUGUGGUACUACAGCCAGAUUCGAUUAAUUCAUGGAAGAUAGGAUGGGACAAAUACGAAGUAUGAACUCAGGACGCAUAAAUUGCCAUGCGGAUUCCAGUUGCAACAAGAAUUAUAUUUACGACAAGCAGAAACCAUCCAAAUCCGAGUCCGGGUCCGACUCUUGUCUGUCCCUUUGUAUAUGUACCCGAUGAUUCAACUCUCUUUUCGUGGUAGGCCGAUAUCAUUAUAUCAUGA